CCUGAUUGCUUCCCCUCCCCUCCUUCCUCUCUCUCUCUCUCUCUCUCUCUCUCUCUCUCGGGUUCAGGACUAGUUUGGUGGGGAGGGUCGCAGUCCUCGUAUCUCUCAGCCCCGGGGGCACCACGCCAAGCCUCAGAACACCGAGUGACAGGCGAGGAGCGGAGGCUGCCGGACAGCGAGAAGUUUUUCACAAGUUGCGCAGUUUUCGCCAGAAGUCUGACCGUGGCACGGCUCUGAACGCUCAGGAAAUGGAGGGGAAGUCAGGGGAGAGCGGCCCAGCCGAAGAGGCGGCACCACCAUCUGUUGCUAAACUUGCUGGGUUAUUUGGCGACAAGGUGAACAGCCCCAGGAAAGAGGCUCCACCACACAAGCCAGCAAGAAGGAAACCUCCUUGUUCGCUGCCCUUACCCAAACUUGAGGCCACCAACAAUGGCGAAGAGAAAGUGUCUCCUCCUCACACACAGAUGCCGAAGGUCAAGGUGAAGAGUUCCCCCCUUAUAGAGAAGCUCCAGGGUAACUUGGCCUUCGCUCCAGCGCAUUUCCUCCCAGGAGGAUCGCCGAAGAGCCCCGGUCUGAAAAUCAUGGCGUCUCCGUUUACCAGCCCCCCCUCAACGCCCAGCAGUCCGAGCUUUCAGGCGCGUGCCAGCGAGUUGGAGGAGACCCCCGUCAGCUUUGAGCAGCCACCAGAGGGCGCCCCUCUCCAAAGUUACACUAAGGUUCGUACCAGAGGCUCCUUAAAGAGAAGACCCCCAAGCCGAAGGUUUAGAAAAUCCCAGAGUGAUAUGGACUUUGAUAUCGAUAUUCUGAGCACCACGCCUAAAGAAAACGGGGAUAAGGUGGAAAAGGAGGGCACUGGGAGUCCAAAGGAUAAAGAUGAGACCCAACAGACAGAGCCAGCAUGUGGGAGAGACUCGGCGCCGCGUGACCCCGCGGGGAAGUCAUCUGAGAGCCCAGAAAAGACAGAGAAUGAGGAGGGAUCGGCCAGCACGGCGGAGGAGAACCCCGGCAAAGAAGAGGCCACAUUGGACACAAGCGUCACAGACUCACCAAUCACUAAAGAGGAAACGGAGAACACAGAGGACAGCAAUGACAAGCCAUGCAACGGACAAGAGAAGGACGAGAGCAGCGAGCCCAGCAGAUCGGAUUGUGAUGAUAAACCGGAAAAAUGAUGAAAUGGGACCAAUGCAGAAGUAGAACGAGCCUUGGUGGGACACUCAGUAGGUCGACAUCCUCAGGAUUCGUUAUGGCCUCAGAUCUGAUCACAAACUCACGCACUUUCCUAACGCAGUGCGGUCAGCGUCGUUGUGUCCCGGAGAACUUCUUCAGGCAUGUCAAGACAAUCGAGUUAACGCGCAGGGUUAUGGCGUACACACAGUGUAUGCACUUUGUGCAGAAUAUUAGCCCAAUAAAAUUAUAGUUUAAAACAAAUAAAUACGCCCCAGGUGUGCAAAGUCUUGCAGCAAAUUUUCUUGGGAAAGUAGCCACAACCUGAGUAGAAAAGCCCAUCACCUGCCAGCAGCUGCAACGUGGGACCUGUACUCUGUGGGGCAGAUUCAGAUAGAGAUACGACGGUGGAUCUCCUGAUACGCUGUCGUAGCUCUGAGUUCCGUCGGUC